GCGUUUCUUCGCCCAGUGGCGGGUGACGUCGCUAUUCAAACCGCUCCGCAUCGCAAGGCGCCUCCACCGCUCUCUCGUUGGUGAUUUUUUUGUUGUUGUUAAAACCGCGAAAAAAAUGAUUUAAUCGCAUAACCUUCGCAUCCCCGAAGAUUGUCAUUUUCUUUACAUUGUAACGACGCAGCGCAAGCUUCGGUUGUCGGCAGGAGAGAAAGGCCAAAAUUCCACGCGGGUUAAGGUGAUCCUUGGAUGCAGCCAUGGCGGACGACAGUGAGUGGAUGAAAUUGCCAGUUGACCAACGAUGUGAACACAAGGUUUGGAAAGCGAGACUAAAUGGUUACGAAGAAGCACUCAAGAUUUUCCAGAAAUUGGAUGAGAAAAGUCCAGAGUUUUCUAAAUAUUUGGGCUUAAUCAAAAAGUUUGUCACCGACAGCAAUGCUGUUGCACAACUCAAGGGCCUGGAGGCAGGCCUGAUCUUUGUGGAAAAUGCCAAUGUAGCUGGGAAGACUGGUGGAGAAGUUGUCGCAGGUAUCGUGAACAAGGUGUUUAACCAGCCCAAGGCACGUGCCAAAGAAUUGGGAAUGGACAUCUGCCUCAUGUACAUUGAGAUUGACAAGCCAGACCCAGUGCAAGAGGAAAUGCUCAAGGGAUUGGACAACAAAAAUCCCAAAAUUGUUGUAGCUUGCAUUGAAACGUUCAGGAAAGCACUUUGUGAGUUUGGUUCCAAAAUUGUGCAACUGAAGCCAAUCGUAAAACUUUUGCCAAAAUUAUUUGAAUCGCGGGACAAGCCAGUGAGGGAUGAGGCAAAGUCACUGGCCGUGGAGAUUUACAGGUGGAUUCGUGAUGCGUUGCGAGCACCACUCAAGAAUAUUAACCCCCUGCAGCUCAAAGAACUCGAGGAUGAAUGGGAAAAGAUGCCCAACACGCCUGCCAAGCAGACCCGGUUCAUGCGCUCUCAGCAGGACCUCAGGAUGAAAUUUGAGCAACAGCAGACCGACAACGGAGACGUCGCCGCUGGCCAUGAGGACGAAGCUGAUGCUGCACCGGCUCUCGAUCCGUACGAUCUUUUGGAGCCCAUGGAGAUCCUCUCCAAACUUCCGAAGGAUUUCUAUGACAAAGUGGAAGCUAAGAAGUGGCAAGAGCGCAAGGAGGCCCUGGAAGCAUUGGAGGUGCUGUUGAAGCACCCAAAGCUCGAGCCUGGGGACUAUGGUGAUGUGGUCAGGGUUUUAAAAAAGGUUAUUGGAAAGGACUCGAAUGUUAUGCUCGUUGCACUGGCAGCCAAGUGUUUGGGCUGCCUGGCCGCUGGGCUUCGGAAAAAGUUUCAUACUUACGCUCCUCAUGUUAUGUCUACACUGCUUGAGAAGUUCAAAGAAAAAAAGCCCGCAGUUGUACAAGCACUUCAAGAGGCUAUAGAUGAAGUCUUUCUUACGACGACGCUGCAAGUGGUGAGUGAGGAUGUGCUGGCCGUGCUGGACAAUAAGAAUCCAAGCAUCAAGCAGCAGGCCUCCCUCUUUUUGGCUCGGAGCUUCCGCCACUGCACGACCAGCACUCUGCCCAAGUCGCUGCUCAAGCCAUUCUGCGUCGCUCUGCUCAAACAAACAAAUGACUCUGCACCAGAAGUAAGAGAUGCUGCCUAUGAGGCCCUAGCCACUGCCCUCAAGGUGGUUGGGGAGAAGGCAGUCAACCCUUACCUGGAUGAGGUGGACAAGCUGAAACUCGAAAAGAUCAAGGAAUGUGCCGAGAAAGUCGAACUGGUGCAGGGAGGCAAGAAAGUGGGCGGCACAGCCACUGCUUCUAAGUCGGCGAGCCCAUCGGCCAAAGCUGGGCCAACGGCGUCGGCAGAAACAGCCCGAUCGACCACAUCUAGCAGACCCUCGGGACCGCCCAAAAAGGUGGCUGCGGCCGGUGUCAAGCCAGGUGGUCCGCCAAGAAAAGCUGCGGCGGGUGGUAAGGCUGCAACUGCCAAGGGCAAGAAGGGGGCAGAAAAACAAGACGAGGUUGAGCAUGAGCUUUCGACGGAGGCGUGCGAGGAGAAAGCUGCUGCAGUGCUGCCACCCUCCUGCCUGCAGCAGCUGGACAGCAGCAACUGGAAGGAGAGGCUCGCCAGCAUGGAGGAGUUCCAGAAGGCUGUAGAGACGAUGGGAAAAGAUGAAAUGCCGUGCCAAGCUCUCAUAAGAAUGUUGGCCAAGAAACCGGGCUGGAAGGAAACCAACUUCCAAGUGAUGCAGCUGAAGCUGCAGAUUGUGGCACUGGUGGCACAGAAGGGUAAUUUCUCCAAGACAUCGGCCCGCAUCGCCCUGGAGGGCCUUGUUGACAAGAUCGGCGAUGUGAAGUGUGGAAACUUUGCCAAGGACGCCCUGACUGCCGUCUCGGAAGCCUGCAAUUUGCCGUGGACUGCAGAGGAGAUUGUUGCAAUGGCAUUUGGUCAAAAAAAUCCAAAGAAUCAAUCGGAGACGUUGACCUGGCUUGCGAAUGCUAUAAAAGAGUUUGGGUUCGCUGGGGUGAACGUAAGGGCUUUCAUUAGUCACGUGAAGACUGCGCUGUCGGCAACUAAUCCGGCUGUGCGAACCUCAGCCAUCGCUAUCCUGGGCGUGAUGUACCUCUACAUGGGACCGCCACUUCGCAUGUUUUUUGAAGACGAGAAGCCGGCAUUGCUGAACCAGAUAGAUGCCGAGUUUGAAAAGACAAAGGGACAGACUCCGCCUGCCCCCUUCAGAGGACAAAGUAAGCGUGGGGAGGACGCUUCCGAGGAUGCGGAUGGGGAGACGGAAGUGGAUUGCGUUAUGGUGAACGUGCAAGAUUUAGUAACGCGGAUAGAUAUAUGCAACAAAAUAACACCAGACCUCGUUACCAAACUUGGGGACAAAAACUGGAAAAUCAGGAAAGAAGGCCUGGACGAAGUCGUUGCCAUUUUAAACGAAGCCAAGUUCAUCACUGCCAACAUUGGGGACCUGCCGGGCGCCCUGAAGAGCCGUCUCAACGAUUCCAAUAAGAUUCUGAUGCAACAGACGCUCGGCAUUCUGCAGCAAGUUGCCACAGCAAUGGGGCCAAAUGUGAAGCAGCACGUAAGGUCGCUGGGGUUCCCCAUCAUCGCCACCCUUGGGGAUGCCAAGAACACGGUGAGAGCGGCAGCCCUCGCUACCCUGAACACAUGGGUGGAGCAGACGGGCAUGAAGGAUUGGUUGGAGGGAGAAGACUUAUCCGAAGAGCUCAAAAAGGAAAACCCUUACCUGCGACAGGAGCUGCUGGGCUGGCUCGCGGAGAAGCUGCCGGAUCUCCGCACGGUACCGGCCGACCUGGCGCUGUGUGUGCCGUAUCUGUACGCCAGCAUCGAGGACCGCAAUGGGGACGUGCGCAAGAAGGCGCAGGAUGCCGUGAUUCCCUUCAUGAUGCACCUGGGCUACGAAAAGAUGACCAAAGCCACUGGAAAGUUGAAGGCUUCAUCAAAGGACCCAGUGAUGGCUGUUUUGGAUAAGUGUCGGCCAAAUGUUCCUGCCAAACCUGCUGCAAAAGCAACGGCUAAAUCAACGGGGGCCUCGGCAUCCGCAAGCGCAGCGCCUGCCAAAUCGGGUUCUUCGAGACCGCAGAGUGCCCCUGUGCCUGCGGAGGACGCUAGCUCUGUGGCAGAUACCAAACGACCAAAAACUGCCGGACCAGCUGCCAAGGGCAAGGCUUCGUUGGGAAAGAAGACAGCCAGCAAGACGAAUCUGAAGGAGGAUGAGGAUCGGGGAGGAGCUAUAUUUAUUGUGGUUCCAAAUGGAAAAGAACAAAGGGUGAAAGAAGAGAGGGCACUGAAGGUGUUGAAAUGGAAUUUCACCACACCUCGCGAUGAGUACAUUGAGCAGCUGAAGACGCAGAUUUCCUCGUGCGUGGCACGGUGGCUCCUGGAGGAGCUGUUCCACGCAGACUUCCAGCACCACAACAAGGCCCUGGGCAUCAUGACCGAGCGGAUGGAGUCUGAAAAGGAUGGUUGCCUCAGCUGUCUGGACCUGGUGCUGAAGUGGGUGACACUGCGCUUCUUCGAGACAAAUACAAGCGUGCUGAUGAAGGUGCUGGAGUAUCUUAAGAUACUCUUUUUGACGAUAUCAGCCGACGGCUACUGCCUCACCGACUUUGAGGCAAACUCCUUCAUCCCCUACCUCAUCCUUAAGGUCGGCGAGUCAAAGGACACAAUUCGCAAGGAUGUACGAAUGAUCAUGAAUACCAUCUGCAAGGUGUAUCCAGCGAGCAAGAUGUUUGUGUUCGUUUUAGACGGAAUAAAGUCUAAGAACUCGAAACAAAGAGCGGAGUGCCUGGAGGAGCUGGGAGUGCUCAUCGACAGCUACGGCAUAAACGUGUGCCAGCCCACGCCAGCGAAGGCCCUGAAAGAGAUCGCGACGCAGAUUGGCGACCGCGACAACUCCGUUCGCAACGCGGCGCUCAACACCAUCGUGGUGGCGUACAACCUCGCUGGGGAACAGGUUCUCAAGAUGAUUGGAAAUCUGGCAGACAAGGACAUGAGCAUGCUGGAGGAAAGGAUCAAACGCUCUGCCAAGAAGCCCUCAAGUGGCACCAAGCCGACUCCGGCCCUCGCAGCGACCCACAGCAACAACACAACGGUGAUGAAGGGGCGCGCCGGGCAGGAAGAAGAGGUGCCCUCCAAGCUCAAAAUAAUGUACCGUUCCUACCGCAUCCAAGCGCGAGCAGGCCGCCCGGCGGCCACGCCGGCCGCCCAGCCAGCACCGCCCCCGGCCACCUCCCGCGAGUUCCAGCUGGACCUGGACGACAUCGAGGAGGACGACUCGGCUCCACACUGCGAGCUGCCCGUCCUUGUGCAGCACGAACUGGACGACGUCUUGCGGCCCAUGAACAUACCUGAGCACGCGAUCCGAUCAGUCUCUCCACAGUUUGACGACAUCGGCGGGGGCAGUACAGCAUCCACCAUCAACUUUGUAAUCUCGCAGGUGGCAAGCAAUGAGAUCGAUGCCAGCAUACAGGCCCUUGCCCAGAUCGACGAGGUCCUGCGGAGCGAGGACAAGGUGGAGGCCAUGUCGGGCCAUGUGGACCAGUUCCUCAUCGCCACCUUCAUGCAGCUGAGACUCACCUAUGACAGGCACCUGGCCGACGAGUGCACCAACAAGGACGACGUCAUCAAACUCUACAGCUGCAUCAUCAGCAAUCUUGCCACACUCUUCCAGACGGAGGGCCUCUCAAAGGAGGCAUCGGUGGGCGUGCUCAAGGACUUGAUGCAUGGCUUGCUGACGCUGCUGCUGGACACGAGGCUGGAGGACCUCGAAGAUGGACCACAGGUCAUUCGCUCCAUCAACAUGCUGCUGCUGAAGGUGCUCGAUAAGUCCGACCAGACGAGCAUCCUCAGCUCGCUGAUUCGGCUCCUGCAGGACUGCCUCGCGACUCCGGCAAAUAAUUCCACAAAGUACUGCGAGCUUGUGAUGAAGUGCCUGUGGCGUCUGUCACGGCUGCUGCCCAACAUCAUCCACACCUUGAAUUUGGACCGCAUCCUGCUGGACUCGCACAACUUCCUCAGGGUGUUCCCGCGUGAGUCGUGGAAGCAGCGCAAGGACGACAUGCCUCUGCGCACCAUCAAGACGCUGCUGCACACACUGGGCAAGCUCAAGGGACCCAAGAUCCUGGACCACAUAGGGAUGAUCGAGAAUAAGGAUGAGUCAGAGCUGGAGAACUUCCUGAAGAGGGUGACCAAGCACACGGACAUGGAGAUUAGCAAGGCAGAUAUGGAAAAGGAGAAGGGAGUUGGCAAAAAAGAGGACAAAGUGUCCACGGCGAAGCUCAACGACCUGAUGGCAGAAAUUUUCAAGAAGAUUGGUUCCAAAGAAAACACCAGACAGGGCCUGGAAAACUUGUACGAGUUUAAGAAGAGGUACCCCGAGACGGACCUGGAGCCCUUCCUGCGCAAGUCCUCCCAGUUCUUCCAGAACUACGUGGAGAGGGGACUGAGAAUCAUCGAAAUGGAACGGGACGGCAAGGUCAAACUGACGCCCUCGUCUGGGACCUCUUUGGCUCCGGGCGGCGGGCUGACGUCAUCGUCGGGGCUCGUGGGUUCCACGGGAAACGGAGUGACCCAGUCGCUGCCGACGGCAUCGCUCUCCUCCAGCACGACGAGCAUUGGCAGUGACGACGCCGUCGGCUCCGCCGUCUACCUGGAGCGCCUUAAGAUCCUGCGGCAGCGGGGCGGCCUUGAUAACUCCAAGGACGUGACCUCCAGCUUGGUUGGCAAGCCGGGCGGGACGGGGUUUACGUCCGUCGGCGGCCUCUUGGGCAGCGCCUCGCUGGCAUCGUCGUCCUCCUCGUGCGAGCCCCUCGGCCCCAAGUUGACGCACCUGCGCGAGGCGUGGGACCGGGAGCCCAACGCCGCCACACUCCCACCGCCCAGGCCCAUCGCCAGCCAGAACCUGGAGGACCUCAAGAAGAGGCUGGAGCAGAUCAAAGCGAACAAGAAGUAGCGCAAGAGGCCCCCCCCUUAACCAUCUUGGCAGACUUCCCCCUCCUUUACGCACCCGGCCCUGCUUGGGCCACGAGCAGCAGAAAUCCGCAGAACCACUCUCUCGGCUCCUUCCAAACAAAUGUAUUUAUUUUAAUUCCAUUUUUUAGUUUCGUCAAUUCAGAGUGUCAUGCAAAAACCACACGAAUAGGAAAAACGACAGGCCAAAAUGUUGAAAGUUUUCGGUAGGUACUCCGUUACUCUGAAAUAGGUGAGAUUUUAUUGAAGGACGGCAAUAGUGGUUCAGUAAAAUUGGUCCGACCCUGGGCCUCACUUCUCUCACUAAAUCCAUUCUUUUCCGGUUGCUGUGUACGUCCUUGUCGACUUUUAUUUUCUUCUGCAACGGCACCGUUGGGUUGGUUAGCUACGUUUUUGGAACCGUGAUCAAGGCCUCUCCUCCACACACCCCCUCCACUCCAGUCACGUCACCAACCUUCACUCCCCUUGGCAGCCUUCGAGGACCCAUCGGGGCUCCCGUUUAAUCGUGGCACAUUAUUUGUAUAUCUAACACGAUUAGAGUUGUGUGUAAAGUAGGUUGGUUUUACCAGCUGGCGUACAAGCUUGAGUACAUGUACUUAUUUAAUAAAGCAGUUCUUAGUAGUCUUUGUAAUGCUCUUAUUUGUGAAUGUGAUAUGAAGGGAAUCCAGAUCGAUUACACUUUUUGCUAGCCGCUUCUAUUCUUUUCGUCUGCUGUGAAUUUCUGGGCCUUUCGUUUUCUCUCUCCAUUUUGUAAGAUGUAACCAUUUCUAAAUUGUGUUUUAUAGGUGCAUGUUUUUUUGUUUGUUUGCAUACGGCGUAUGAUUAUUUGUAAAUAAAAGGUUUAAAAAAAACUCCCAUUUGGGGAACUGUUGGAAAAUGUUGAGCCUCUGUGUGUCAUUAAGCUUCAUUACAAUGUGUAUAGGGGGGGGUUACCUCGCCCGAAUUACUCACAUGCGUUAACUUUGUUCAUGCAUGUCGUUGCGUUUUCAUGGUAUGGAGAGCUUGUGUUAAAGCCGUAACUUAACUUGAGUUGGCCUGCUUGCAACAGUGUUUAAUAUGUAUCGAUCCCUGAUGCACAAGUAAUUGCUCGAACGCGCCGUCGCGGGAGAGAGUACUAAUAAAACAAGUGGCACGUUACUACUACGUUUGUUUAUUGCUCUUGUUGAAACUAUAAAA